AUGGGCAAGAACACUGCCGGCCCAUCCUCCCGCGGUUCCAGGGGCAGCAGACGUGCUCGAGGGGCCGCCCGCUCAGCCAGGGGCUCGCGGCAGCACAGAGGAUCAUCCACGGCAGAUGGGUAUGUAGACGAAAGGCGGCCGGAGAGCGCUGUGGACGAGGACGGCGAGGAGGACGCUUCCGGCAGCGAUGCGGACGAAGAUGCAGAGGUAGAGAUCAGUGUGCCCGUCGCUAUGUGGGAUUUCGACCACUGCGACCCGCGCCGGUGCUCGGGGAAACGGCUCUCGCGUCUGGGACUGAUGAAGGAACUGAAGGUGGGGCAGCGCUUCCGGGGUAUCGUCGUUUCCCCCAAGGGCACUCAGAUCAUUAGUCCUGCAGACCGAGAUAUCAUCUUGCAGAACGGCGUCGCGGUGGUGGAGUGCUCCUGGGCCAGGCUGGAUGACGUGCCCUUUGGCAAGAUUGCCAGCCCGCACGAACGUCUACUGCCAUAUCUUGUUGCUGCAAAUCCCGUCAAUUAUGGGAAGCCAUGGAAGUUGAACUGCGUCGAAGCCCUUGCUGCUGCGUUCUACAUUACUGGCUUCUCCGCAUACGCAGAUAAACUCCUCAGCAAGUUUGGCUGGGGCUCAUCAUUCUGGGCCAUUAAUGAGUCGUUCUUCCUGCAAUAUGCGACAUGCAAUUCGGCUUCCGAGAUGGACACUACACAACAAAAGGUCAUGCAAGAUUUGGAAGUGGCGUAUCAAGAGUCUAGGGAAACACAAUCGACAGAAUAUGGUGCAGAUCUGCUUGUUGGAAAUCCAAACCAUCGCAGUAUAGGAUCAGACCUUGAAGCACCGUUACUUGAUGCUGCAAAUACAUGA